AGAAGUAUUCAGCCCUUUGGUCCAGGAACUCAGGGACAAGGAGUCAGGCGGGCACCGGUACAUGGUGACUCUUCUGGUUCUCUUUACCAUUUUGGCUUGAAGGGAUGCAGCAAUGAGAUAUAAGAUUCCUCGUGAAGUUUUUUGUGUUUACACACCUUACUCUGCUGAUUUCUGCUUGUGCCCAUCGAAGAGUGUACCGAUUUGUGGGGAAAUCUUAAGACUAUGGCUGGGUUCUCAAGAGCUUAUGGCUUAGAGUUAUUCUGCUGGAAGCGUCUGUCGACAUAGGCGAUAACUCCUCCCAAUUUCAGGGUGGAGGCCUGAAUUUUGAUCUAUGCACUGCCUUCAUCCAGCUGCCUGAAAGUACUUGAUGAUCACAUGACCCUGGACAUGGAUGCUGUCCUGUCGGAUUUUGUCCGUUCCACAGGAGCAGAGCCAGGGUUGGCCCGUGAUCUCCUGGAAGGAAAGAAUUGGGAUGUGAGUGCUGCCCUCAGUGAUUUUGAACAGCUACGUCAAGUUCAUGCUGGGAACCUGCCCCCACCCUUCAGUGAAGGGAAUAGUGGCUCCAAGACCUCUGAAAAGGGGUGUUCUGAUAGAGAGUCCACUCGCCCUCUACGACCCAUUCUACAGCGGCAGGAUGACAUCAUUCAAGAAAAACGCCUGUCUAGGGGCAUCUCCCACGCCAGCUCCAGCAUUGUUUCCCUGGCCCGGUCCCAUGUCUCCUCCAAUGGUGGGGGUGGGGGGAGCAGUGAGCACCCCCUGGAAAUGCCCAUCUGUGCCUUCCAGCUUCCAGAUCUCACUGUGUACAAUGAAGACUUCCGCAGCUUCAUAGAGAGAGACCUCAUUGAGCAGUCCAUGCUGGUUGCCUUGGAACAGGCAGGGCGUUUGAAUUGGUGGGUUAGUGUGGACCCCACCUGUCAGAGGCUGCUUCCUUUGGCAACUACUGGAGAUGGGAACUGCCUUCUGCAUGCAGCCUCUCUUGGGAUGUGGGGUUUCCAUGAUCGGGACUUGAUGCUGAGGAAAGCUCUGUAUGCACUGAUGGAGAAGGGAGUCGAGAAGGAAGCACUGAAAAGGCGCUGGAGGUGGCAGCAAACCCAGCAGAACAAGGAGUCAGGGCUGGUAUAUACAGAGGAUGAAUGGCAGAAGGAAUGGAAUGAACUGAUCAAACUUGCCUCAAGUGAACCCCGAAUGCAUCUAGGUACCAAUGGAGCCAAUGGUGGUGGGGUGGAAAGUUCAGAGGAGCCUGUCUAUGAGAGCCUAGAAGAGUUCCAUGUCUUUGUCCUUGCUCAUGUGCUUAGGAGGCCCAUCGUCGUCGUGGCAGACACCAUGCUGAGGGACUCUGGAGGAGAAGCAUUUGCCCCUAUUCCCUUUGGGGGAAUCUAUCUGCCCUUGGAGGUCCCAGCCAGCCAGUGUCACCGAUCUCCUUUGGUGCUCGCCUAUGAUCAGGCCCACUUUUCUGCACUUGUGUCUAUGGAGCAGAAGGAGAAUGCCAAGGAACAAGCUGUGAUCCCACUUACAGAUUCAGAGCAUAAGCUGUUGCCCUUGCACUUUGCUGUGGACCCAGGAAAGGGCUGGGAGUGGGGCAAAGAUGACAAUGACAAUGUUCGAUUGGCCAGUGUAAUUCUGUCCCUAGAGGUCAAAUUGCAUUUGCUGCAUAGCUACAUGAAUGUGAAGUGGAUCCCAUUGUCUUCUGAUGCACAGGCUCCUCUGGCCCAACCUGAGUCUCCCACAGCCUCAGCUGGAGAUGAGCCCCGAUCCACUCCUGAAUCUGGGGAAUCAGACAAGGAGUCAGUUGGCAGUAGUUCUACCAGCAAUGAAGGCAGCCGGUGGAAGGAGAAGUCAAAGCGAGAUCGGGAGAAAGACAAGAAAAGAGCAGAUUCUGUGGCUAACAAACUGGGCAGCUUUGGCAAAACCUUGGGCAGCAAGCUCAAGAAGAACAUGGGAGGCCUGAUGCACAGCAAGGGCUCUAAGCCUGGAGGGGUGGGAACCGGGUCCGGGGUAAGCAGUGGCACUGAGACACUGGAGAAGAAGAAGAAAAACUCACUGAAGAGCUGGAAAGGUGUCAAAGAGGAGGUAGUGGGGGAUGGACCUGUAUCUGAGAAGCCCACAUCUGAGUCUGUUGGUAAUGGAGGGAGCAAGUAUAGCCAGGAGGUGAUGCAAAGCCUGAGCAUUAUGAGGAUUGCCAUGCAAGGGGAGGGGAAAUUUAUUUUUGUUGGAACCCUGAAGAUGGGUCACCGUCAUCAAUAUCAGGAGGAGAUGAUCCAGCGCUACCUAUCUGAUGCUGAGGAGAGAUUCCUGGCAGAGCAGAAACAGAAGGAGGCAGAGAGGAAGAUCAUGAAUGGAGGGGUAGGGAGUGGGCCUCCCCCGGCCAAAAAGCCAGAGCCAGAUGGCGGGGAGGAACAGCUGACUGCCCCCCGAGCAGAGUCCAAGGCACUGGCAUACUCUACUGGCUAUCCUGGGGGCUUUACUAUCCCUCGGCCUUCUGGGGGUGGAGUGCACUGCCAGGAGCCCCGAAGGCAGUUGGCAGGGGGUCCUUGUGUGGGGGGCCUGCCACCAUAUGCGACCUUUCCCAGACAGUGCCCUCCCGGGCGACCCUACUCCCACCAGGACAGCAUCCCUUCUCUGGAGCCAGGCAGUCACUCCAAGGAUGGAGUUCACAGGGGUGCAUUGUUACCACCCCACUUUCGUGUGGCUGAUUCCUAUAGCAACGGCUAUAGAGAACCCCCUGAGCCAGAUGGAUGGGCUGGAGGCCCCCGGGGGCUUCCCCCAACCCAGACCAAAUGCAAACAACCGAACUGCAGCUUUUAUGGACACCCUGAGACAAACAACUUCUGCUCUUGCUGUUACAGGGAAGAACUGAGGAGGCGGGAACGUGAGCCGGGUGGGGAGCUGCUGGUGCACAGGUUCUGAGUGGAUGGAACCUGUGAGGGCAAGGGGGCCGAAUGAAGAAAGUUAAGCGCAACACACUGGCUCAUCAAGACCCAGCCCCCCAGGUUGAUGGGGCAUAUGCAGAAAUGUUUAUGGGAGCCUAGCUGGAAACUUAGGUGUGUGCGCUUGAGUGCUGCCAAGUGGGCAAGAUCAGGUCAGGGUUGGAUGGUGCCUCAAGGGCUGUACUAUUCCUUUGUAGAGCUUGACUUGAUGGGACUGAGGAGGUACAAAGGGGUAGGGAUGGUAAUUCUGUCUCAAAACCCUUUCAGUCCCAUCCCAGGAUCUAAUGGAAAGUAAUAUGAGAGGGUUUGGUGUGGGGGAGUGGGAAGUGGACAGAUGUCUGGGGGAGAAACUGGUAAAGUAGAUUCUCAGUUAAUUAAAGAAAAAAAGAGACCAAAGUUCUUUUAGGUUGGAAUAAAGCACAUGGUGGUGGAGUUGGGAGUGUGGAGGGAAAUAGGUAUUGGACAAAAUUUACUAUUGAUUUGAAUAGGGUAGUAAUUAGAGUUGGAUAAAUUCUACCUCCAGAAGGAUCUGGAAAGACAAGACAGUAAAGUGUGCUCUUGAAUGCUUGUUGGGGAAGGUAGUUUAAAUUCCAGUUUAUGGAGAUGGGAAGGGGAGGAAUUUAAAAGGGGAUUCUUUUUCCUCUGAAGUUUGAUUUCCUUCUGAAUAGUCAUCUAUCUAGUUUGAAAGGAGAUUGCCUCCUCUCUUUUCCUCAUCCUUUUUGAGGCUGAACUCAGCUAAGUUAAGAAGGUUGUGAUUUUUUUUUUAAAGACUUUAAUUUUAUUUAAAAAAAAUUCCUCUGGAAAAGAGAGUGAUGAGAAGAGCAGCUGUGUAUUGAAUUUUCUCCAGGUGAAUGGGUGCAGAGUGAUCUAACUACUUAGCAAUAACCAUAUGUGAGGGUCAAGUGCAUCUUGGGAGGGAUGGGAUAAGGACAGACAUUUGGCCAGACUGUUUCAAACAAAACCAAAAACCUACAUAAAGCACUAAUAUCCUCUGCUGCUGUUUUUCUGUAGAAAGCAACUUAUUUUAUUGACUAAUUUUUUUAAAGAAAAGAAACAAAAGGACCCCGACAAACAAAACACUUUAAAAAUUAUUAUUUUUUUUCCUAUUUAAGUGAUUCUUUCUCCUUCCUCUCUACUUUUGGAGAAUGAACUUAACAUCCCGGCUUCUUUUGUUAAGCCAGAGCUGACCUUAAUCUGUGGUUAGUUUAUUAAAAUAAAUAAAUAAAUAAACUU